UUAUAUACUCUUUGAUUGUAUGUUGUGAAGUGAAUACUCGCAAUUCCCGCAAAGGUGUGAAAGUAGAUAAUUUCUUUGAAAGUGCAAGUUGUUGUAAAGUGUGUUGAUCAAGUAUAUAAUUCGGUUAACACAAUGGAUUACAUAUCGUUUUCAAACUAUUCGUACGGUGAGAACGACGACUACGCUCACGAACCGCACAUAAUGCCCGUGCCUUCGGGAGGACCAUGGAAUGUGCAGGGACUGUCUUGGGGGUCACACUCGCCGCCCCAGCUGGUGCAGUUUAACGCUCAAGGGCCCCAGCAACCUCGGUUUUCUACAAUAAUGCACUACAAACGAAAAAGUUUAGAUCCCGAGCCAUCAAUCCCAGCAAAGAUAUACAUAACUGAAGACAAAAUGGCAGAUCACCUCAAUGGUCUUCAUCUGUCUACAGACUAUAGAACACAUCACCUAGCCAGUAGUAAUAAUUCUAUGAGUAUGGAUGCUGGAUUCAUGGACAUGGACACUCCCGCCAACACUGAUGUGAGAGACAAGUUAAAAGGACACACCAUUGUACUCUCAGAGGAGAUAAAAAAACUUAAGGAUGAGCCGCUGAUACCUCCUGCACUUAUUGAAAGAUUAGAAAAGCCCUGCAUGUCCCUGGUUGUUUGGCAGCCCAAAGAAAGUGUAGUAGACAAACUAAAAGAUACUGCUUCGGAGAACAGAAGAGAAGAAGAACCAAAGAAACGGAAUGGUGUUCUCGUUCCUGAUAUGGGCAUGGACGGAGGUAUGGAUGUGGAGAUGUAAGUUUAAUUCUGGUCUUAGAUGUAAUUUAUAUCUUUGGUUAAAUUUGUGAAGACGUUUGUGAGUACAGUUGGGAUCAAUUUAUAUAGAGCAAAAUGUAUAAAUAAACAUACCAAACUAAAUUAACAAACUAUGAAGUCACACACAGGGCAGGUGUGUGCGGGUGCGUGUUUAAUUGUCUAUGCCCUUCCCAUAGAGCACUGCGGGUCCUACAUAGUCUGUAUUAAGGUUCAUUUUAUUUGUAAUAAUAGAAAUAUAAGAUUAAAAAAAACGCGCUCACGCGCCUGACUCACGCACGCUCACUGUGCGUGAGCCUGUUUGGCAACUGUAUGUAUCUCAAAAAAAGCGAGCGCACUCCUGCGGCCUGUGUGAUGAUGUUCAUUUAAAACUAGCUGAAUGGAGACGCCGCGCGCCCGCUUGGACCCGCACCGGCCGUGUGUGUGCGUCAAGCUUUAGUAGCUGGGUCCACACAGAGCGAGCAUACGCGCCAGGCAAUUUCCUCGCGCACAAAGCGGCCAGUGUAGACGUGCCACUGCCACGGCCGAGGCGCUCGUGUUGUAUUGACAUUUUCAGACGUGCCUCGCGCGUGUCCUCUCGGCCGAGGCACGUCUACACUGGCCGUUUUGUGCGCGAGUAAAUUGCCUCGCGUGUAUGCUCUCUCAAUGUGGACCCGGGUAGUAAAGUAAGCUUUUGGAGUUCCAGUUCUUUGCAUGAAUUGCAUGCCUCAUGUGGCUCAUGUCAUGUCACUUGUGCUAGCCCAAUGGGGAAUUUGUGGUUUUCUUUUUAACUUUGCAUGUUUUAUUUAAUGUUGUAAAAACUCAAAUUUGACACAUUUUUCAAUUAAUAGAAUUUUUAUGAGAUUUUAUUCAAUAGUAGUGUCAGAAAUAAAUAAAAUGCCUGUAGGUUUGGAAAGUGAUAAUUUUUGUAUUAAAUUCAUCCAACUGACUGUACCAAAAGCAGCUUAGCAGACUGAAAAGUAAAUGAUACUUUGAAAGGUUUUUGAUAUUGAAUAGGCACAAUACUUAUUGGAAAAAAAAAAUUGCCGGCACCCUGUGCAUUUAUUCUUUGUUUACUUUGUAAUAUUACUGUAUUAACUGUAAGUACCUAUACUGUAUUUUACUUUAUUUGCACUCGAAGUAAGAACCAUUUAAUCUCAUCAUAAUCAAUAAGCAUUAACUGUCCACCUUUUUAUUUUAAUCUAGUCUUCUACAUUCAAUUUGUCUUAUGUCCAACUUGUCCAAGUAUAUGCCUUAUUAGCCGGGUCCACACAGAGCGAGCAUACGCGCGAGGCAAUUUCUUCGCGCACAAAUCCGCCAGUGUAGAGGUGCCUCGGCCGAGCCGGCGCGCGACGGGCUCGUCAUGUCGAUACAACACGCGCGCCUCGGCUGAGGCACGUCUCGCGCGUAUGCUCGCUAUGUCUGGACGCGGCUAUUGAUUACAUGCUUUAUCAGGUGAAGCGUGUUACUUAGCGAACAUAUGUAGGAAUAAAUGAAAAAAGACAAUGGUGCUUUAUUUGUAAACUCCAAAAGUUGUGAAUUACAGAUGUGUUCACGAAAAGUGCCAUUCCAGGCUCCUAUUUCACCACGGUGACAGGUGCGACAAUUGUUGACAUCACUGUUACUGACGUCACAGGCCUCCAUAUGCUACGGUAACCGCUUACCAUCGGACGGGCGGUGUGCUUGUUUGCCACCAACAUUUUAUUUAAAAAAAAACUCCAAUAUAUCGCCAACGCCAAUAAAUAAGUACUUAUUUCAUUAUGUCAGUAACAGUGAUGUCGACAAUUGUCGGUGAAAUAGGGGCCUGAUCUUAUGAAAUUUUGUUUUGGUACCUAGUCGAGUUCAUAAAUAUGUGUACAUAUUUUCACCUUAUUGCAGUGGAUUAAGGAGUAGAAAUGUAUACAUAUUUAUGAACUCGACUGUACUACAACGCCAAUCAUUUAACUUUGACAUCUCAGAAUAUACAAUAUUUUUAGUAGAGGACGCUUAGCAUGAGGCAUAGCACGCUUAGCAAUUUACUAGAAUUAGACCAAGACAAGUCUGCAACAAUUUUGAUAGCACACGCAGUGAAAGUGUUAUUUUAAACGUCAAACUUCUAUGAAAUUAUGACGUAUAAAUAACACUUGCACUGCGUAUGCUAUCAAAAUCGUUGCAGACUUUUCUUGAUCUAACUUUAUUAUUUUGUACAGUUAGCAAUACUAUUCGCUUAGCACCUUUGCAUACAAAAUUCUAUGCUGGGGGGGUACCUUUUCUCUGCAGCCGACUGUACAUUGACCCGCCUGUUCCUAUCUCUAUCGCACGCGCGUAUUUUUAUUGCUGUCCCGCCCAUGACGCCGGCGGUCAAUGACACUGUGGGAGUGGGACAGCAAGAUAAUUAUGCGCGUGCGAUAAGAGGUAGGAACAGGCAGGUCAAUGUACAAAAUUCCUUGUAGUAAGCGUCCUGACUUUUUGUUUUUUCUAACUGCAAAUGUUAAAUUGAACAAAAACAAAGCCUGAAACUUAUUUAAAAUACCUGCUAACAUAACAUAUUGUAAAUCUAUCAGUAUGUAUUAAAUGUAGUUUUAUUAAUAACUUCUCUACCUUUGUACCUACUUGUAAAAUAAAAUAUUAUCCAUACUACAUACUACCCCAAACGAUUUUUGUAUAUUUUUUUAUUUUUUAUUUUAUUAAUUCAAAAAAUUUACACAGCAUUACAGCGAACUAAUACACUGAGAAAUUUAUAAUAGAAAGUAAAUGAUAUAAUCGACAAUCGUAUAGUAUAGUUGCUAAACAUUUUAGACUACCUAGUUGUAAUUAGAAUCUUAUGCCCCAUGAUCCCAUGAAUGUUGAUAUUAUUUUUAAACUUGGUAUGAAAUUGAAACCUUUUCAUGCUCAAGUAAAAAGGUGAUUAAUUGGUUUUGAUUUUAUUGGUGAGAUUUUUAUCUGGUACCAUAAAGUCAGACCAGCUAAACAAAAUAAAUAAUGUUAACAACCAUUUCCUGGGCUACUUUAUAUCUUUGUCCGUAUCUCUCGUAUGCAAUAAUCUCGUCAGCUGGUUGUCGGAGGCGGUUACGGUUGUUAUUUCGUGAUACGAAUUAUCAACAUUUGGGAAACCAUUUUAUGAACAAGUUAAUAAUUUCUUCAAAUAAAAAUGUUCAAAACUAAGUUGUUUACAUUUAUAAUCUCGUUACGUUGGCCUUACUUUGGUACUGGGUACAUCAAACCUCGAAUUAAUUUUAGUAAUUCAACUCCAUAAAUAAUUACCGUUGUUUUGUCUGUUCUGUAGCGUCAUGUAGUUUUAGUUUAAUGUUGUAAUUAUGUUGGGAAUUAAGUCGUUAUAAAAUACUUACUGUUUUGAUGCCGUCGUGAUCUUAUGUUAUGUAUGAAAUAAGAAUAAGAAUAAACGAUUUUUUA